GUUGAGCGUUUGAUUCCUAACUGUAAAGACGUUUAGCAAGUCUCGUUUGUCUGGGAUCGCGGACGGACGAGAUUCACUCGUCGCGACGGAGCGGUUGAGUUGAGGUCGCGGAGUUCAACGAGAUAAACAGUCACGAUGACGCUGGCCGCGUUGAUAUUGGUGACGUCGAUCGCAUCGGGUAUCGUUUCGAGUCAAGCCUCGAUCACGAUAGACGCGGGCAACAAAACGGGACUCGGUUUUUCCGUGGACUAUGAGAACAACCAGUUCUUGCUCGAUGGGACGCCGUUUCGCUAUGUUUCGGGUAGUUUUCACUACUUCAGGGCACCCAGAGUCUACUGGAGGGAUAUAUUCAGGAAAAUGAGGGCGGCCGGGCUGAACGCAGUGUCCACUUACGUGGAGUGGAGUCUUCACGAACCGGAGAAAGGAAGAUGGGAAUGGUCCGGAGAAGCCGAUCUCGAGUACUUUCUUACUUUGGCACAAGAGGAGGAUCUCUUCGUCAUCCUAAGGCCAGGACCUUACAUAUGUGCCGAAAGAGACUUCGGCGGUUUACCUUUUUGGCUUCUCAGUCUCGCGCCAGACAUCAGACUCCGAACAAGCGACACUCGCUACAUGGAACAUGUAACGGACUACAUAAACGCGUUGAUGACGAGGGUCGGACCCUUUCUGAGGGGAAACGGCGGACCUGUCAUAAUGGUGCAGGUGGAGAACGAGUACGGCAGCUUCGACGCCUGCGAUCUGGGUUACAUGUCUCAAGUUCGUGACCUGAUGUCACGUCACGUGGGGAAUGACGCUUUACUCUACACGACGGACGGCGAUACCGCGGACAUGUUGAGAUGCGGAAUGGUACCCGAGGUCUACACAACCGUUGACUUUGGCACCAGCUCGAACGUCACGCGAGCCUUCGCGACGAUGCGUCUGUUUCAGCCGAGGGGUCCGCUGGUCAAUUCGGAAUUCUACUGCGGGUGGCUGACUCACUGGGAAGAGUCUUACAGCAAAGUGACCAGGAGAUCGGUGGCCUCGAAGUUGGACGAAAUAUUGAGAUUGGGGGCAUCCGUGAACUUGUACAUGUUCUACGGUGGAACGAACUUCGGUUUCACUUCUGGAGCGAACACCAGUCCUAAUUACCAACCGCAGUUGACAUCGUACGAUUACGACGCCCCGAUACGGGAGGACGGCGUUCUGACGAAGAAAUAUUUCGACAUCAAAAAAGUUGUGGAAAGGUAUCUUCCGAUUCCGAACAUCACGUUGGCCCCGGCAAGUUUGAAGGGAGAUUACGGAGCGGUGGCGAUGGAGCGAGUGAUAAGAUUGUUCGAUUCGUUGGCGCGAAGUUUGUUGGGAAGGCAGAAGCGGAAUGCGAACGAACCGCCGACCUUCGAGUCAUUCGGUAUACCCCUGGCAAUGGUAUUGUACGAGACCGAUCUACCGGAGAAUAGAACCGAUCCGAGCGUUCUUACCGCCGGUUUCUUGCACGACAGAGCGCUCGUCUAUCAGGGCGAUAGGCUAAUUGGUACCCUGAGUCGCACCCACAACGCGAGGACCUUGUCCCUACCGGACCCUUACGCGAAACGUCUGAAGAUAUUGGUCGAAAAUCAGGGCCACGUUAAUUAUGGAAAUAAGAUACACGACUUCAAGGGAGUGGGCAACGUGACGAUAAACGGUCUGCCUUUGGCCAAGUGGAACGCGACGGGCUUUCAUCUGGGGGAUGUCUCGCCGCUGCUCGGCCGCACGGCGGGCGUUGCGGCCGCCGCGGAAACGAAGGGGCUCAGCGACCACGGUCCAGUUUUCCUCAGGGGAACGUUCACGGUCUACGACGACCCACCGCUCGAUACUUUUUUGGACACUACGGGCUGGGGAAAGGGCAUCGCUUACAUCAACGGGCGUAAUUUAGGGCGAUACUGGCCGGCGGCCGGUCCGCAAAUGACGCUCUACGUACCGGCGCCCUUUUUGCAAAACGGGGAAAACGAAUUGAUCGUUUUGGAAUUAGAAAAUUUACGGGUACCCAGGGAGUUCAAGUUCUCAACAAGACCGAACUGAUCGAUCUUCGCUCGAUUACCGUCAAUCCGACCGAACGUAUGUCGAGACGAAACUCUUUCAGGGCGGUCGAAAGAUUCGAUAGAGAAAAAAAGAUGAAAAAACAAAAAAUUAUCCUUCCGUCGAAAAUAAUAUUUCACUCUCCGUAUUCCGCGGGACGCUUCUUCGGAUGCUCGCGGUUAACGAUAGAAAUGUUAUUUGCAAUUCGGGUUAUUCGUGUCGAUAAAUCGUCAUUUCUCUCGUCAUGAUAUUUCGCAUAUAGUUCUGGGUAUGCGGGUAUAUUACAACGCGGUGGAUGCGCGUGUUUCGCAGUUGAAAAUAACAGCGGUGGAUCCGUGACACGUAACUCAACGCCGUGUGCAUUUGCAGCAGUUUUUCAAAUACAAUAUCAUAAUUCCAUGAAUCAUAACGGUUGGCUCGUAAAAUAUACGUAUAUCUCACACGCACGAUGUUUUGCAUUAUUUUCUACCACCUGACAUUUUCCAAACCGUAUAACGUUCGCCUAUAUUUCAUUCGCGUUAACCCUCUGGUUUAUUACACGUUUAUAUCGUGUACAACAUACGUACCAACCCGCGAAACAAUGGUUUUCAAAAUAGAACUCGUUAUCCGGGCUCUUCUGUGAAAUAGUUACAAAAUCUAAUUAUCUCGUCUAACGACCAAUUUUGCCAUUUCCAUUAAACAAGACAUUCCGUUAAUUUCGUUUUAAUGUGUUUUUGUAUGUAACAUAACAAUUUAAAAUACACGUUAAAUUCAAAUUCACUGACAAAUAUAACGUAUCGUGAAGAUUCAA